AUGCCUCCAAAAUCAUCACUUUUACUCCAAAGAAUCAAUCCCACCACCACUUCUACAACCACCACCACCACCGCCACCUCCGGUAAACAACUACAAAGACGUACACCAAUACCAUGUACCACUGAAGUCCCCGAUUCCGUCACUACUCAUCAUACUCAUUCCGUUAGCCCAAACCAGUGUUGCUCCGCCGUGAUCCAACAUAUCUCCGCCCCAAUCUCCACCGUUUGGUCCGUCCUCCGUCGCUUCGAUAAUCCUCAAGCAUACAAACACUUCGUCAAGAGCUGCCACGUCAUCGGUGGAGAUGGGAACGUGGGGACCGUCCGUGAAGUGCGGGUCAUCUCGGGGCUACCCGCUGCUAACAGCAUGGAGAGACUUGAGAUCCUUGAUGAGGAACGCCACGUCAUCAGCUUCAGCGUCGUAGGCGGGGACCACCGCCUGGUGAAUUACCGAUCUGUUACCACCCUCCACUCCGAUCAAAAUAAUAUUGGGACGACGACGAUCGUUGUCGAAUCGUACGUUGUUGAUAUACCACAUGGGAAUACUAAAGAAGAAACAUGUGUGUUUGUGGAUACGAUUGUUAAAUGUAACCUUCAAUCUCUUGCCCAGAUCGCUCAGAAUUCAACAAGACGAAAUACUGCUAAUUGA